AUGCCUCCCUUCGUCCCGCGCAAAAGGCGCUCACCUUCGCCCGAAGCUCCUCCUGCAAAACGGAGAGAGACUGCCCGUGGCAAGAAGGCUCCCGUCGACAAGAAACCCACCAAACCCACCAAGCCCAAGAGCAGCGUCUUUGAUGCAAUCGAUACCCUCAACACCAAAGCAACAGCGGAAGAGGCCAAAAACUUCUUUGCAAGCGUUGGCAAGGGCGACAGCGAUGACGAUGACGACGACGAUGCCUCGUCUUCCGAUGACGAUGACCACGAUUUCGAAGAUGUCCCCAUGAAUCAAGCACCGAAAGAGCAGGAUGAUGGCGAGGAUAUAGACUGGGAAGACGCUAUUCCUGCUCAGGAAGACAAGGUCGACGAUGAUAGUGCCAUCCAAGACAUCAACAUCUCCAUCAACGAAGACGGAAGUGUCCAAGCCAUCGCCGCUGCUGAGCAACAAGCAAAGGCCAAGAAAGGCCCUUCCAAGAGAGAACGCCAGGCCCGUAUUCGAGCACAUUGUAUCCACGUCCAGACUCUACUCUUCCACAAUGCCGUCCGUAAUUCAUGGCUCAACGACGCCGAGCUACACAAGAUCCUGCUUGACAGUCUGAGUCAAGGCGUCAAGGACGAAAUCGAUCGCUGGAAAAUCAACAUGGGCAUGAAGCAGCCACCACCCAAAAAGAAGCAAAAAGGAAAGACCAAGGGAAACAGCAAAGGUAGAGACUGGGGCCAAGACGCUGAUAGACUCGAGCCUGGUGUGCCCAACCUCAGCAGUGGAGACCCUCUGCUUAGACUGCUCAAAGUCUUGACUGCCUACUGGAAGAAGCGCUUCAAUGUGACGGCUCCUGGUAUACGUAAGCAAGGCUAUCUCCCUCAAAGACUCAUCACCUAUGAGAUCAAGGCAUGGGCAAAGAACAAGUCCAACUUUGAGCGUCACGGUGAACGCAUCGAGAACAUCGACGAGUUUCGCAAAUGUGCAAAGGAAUGUCGAGGCUCGCGAGAUGUCGGUGCUCAGCUGUUCACUGCUUUGAUCAGAGCAAUCGGCAUUGAGUCUAGAAUGGUUGCCAGUUUACAACCCACUGGCUUCGGCUGGACAAAAGUCGAGGAAGGAGAAAUCAAGAAGCAACCGCAAACUACAUCCACCAACCCCGUCGAAAUCUCUGACGACGAGAGUGAUCUUGCCGAAUCUCUAAAGCCCAAAUCAAAAGCAAAAGCAAAGAAGCCACUGAAAACUGAAAAGCCUGCUCGAAAGUCUGCUCGAAAGUCUCAAAAUGCUGUGGUCGAAGACGAGUCUAGUGAUCUCUCAAGUGUGCCAUCAGACGCCGACGAAGAUGAUGAUGCUUCAGUCAUUGAUAUCACACCUGCACCUCCAGUCAAGAACAGCAAGAAGUACGACCGUGAUCUGGCAUUCCCUCAUUAUUGGACAGAGGUACUAUCCCCGGUGUCGAACACUUACAUCCCGGUCGACUCUAUCGUCCUGUCCACUGUUGCUAGCAAUCAAGAGUUACUGUCUACGUUUGAACCUCGAGGCAAGCGUGCGGAUCAAGCCAAACAAGUCAUCUGCUAUGUUGUCGCUCACAACCAAGACACAACCUGCAAAGAUGUCACUGUACGCUAUCUCAAAAAGCACCAAUUGCCUGGGCGUACCAAAGGCUUCCGUAUGCCUGUCGAGAAAAUACCAGUCCUCAACAAGCGUGGCAAGGUCAUCAAAACCGAAGAUUACGAUUUCUUCAAGCGUAUCAUGUCACCGUUUGUUCGCCCACACAACAAGCGCACUGCAGCAGACGACAUCGAAGAAUCUACAGACCUCAAACCUUUCAAGCCGGCGACUGAGAAGGCCAAGGUUGCGACCGAAUCAUUGCAAUGGUACAAGCAAAGUGCCGAGUUCGUGCUUGAACGCCAUCUUCGUCGUGAAGAAGCCAUUCUUCCUAACGCAAAACAAGUCAGGACAUUCACCUCUGGCAAAGGCGAUAAGGAAAAGUCAGAACCUGUAUACAGACGAGCUGACGUGGUGAACUGCAAGACUGUUGAAUCAUGGCACAAAGAAGGUCGGCAAAUCAAGCUUGGUGAGCAACCUCUCAAAAUGGUUCCCGUACGAGCUGUAACUCUCAUGCGCAAGCGUGAGAUGGAAGAAGCUGAGCGCGAGACUGGUGAGAAGCUCAAGCAAGGUCUCUACGGCAUUGAUCAGACCGAAUGGAUCAUUCCACCUCCCAUUGAGAAUGGUGUCAUUCCCAAGAAUGCAUACAACAACAUUGAUGUGUAUGUACCAUCAAUGGUGCCCAAGGGUGCUGUCCACAUUCCGCUUCGCAGCACUGCCAGGAUCUGCAGAAAACUCAACAUCGACUAUGCCGAAGCGUGCACAGGCUUUGAGUUUGGUAAGCAGCGCGCAGUCCCCAUCAUUACUGGUGUGGUCGUGGCUGUCGAGAACGAAGAUGCCGUCAUUGAUGCCUGGGAAGUCGAGGAAGCCGAGCGCAAACGCAAAGAAGAUGUCAAGAGACAGGCUACUAACCUGCAUCUCUGGCGUAAAUUUCUUAUGGGCUUGCGUAUCGUCGAACGUAUCAGAUCAGAUUAUGCUGGUCGACCGAACGAGAUUGAUGAGGUCAACCCAUUCGUCAAUCGCGACAAGCAAAAGAAAAAGAAGGCGCCUCGAGAUGAGAUGACUGAGGGCGGUGGUUUCUUGGUUUCUGAAGACGAAGAGGACCACAAGUCCAAGGAGACAAAAGAAGAAGACACAGACCUCAGUCUCGGUGGUGGUGGGUUCGUGCCCGAAGAUGAGGACGAGGACGAGGACGAUACCAAAGCAGAAGACGCUGACAUUGAGAUGGGCGGUGGCUUCUUGCUCGAUGAUGACGAUGCAGAAGAAGAAAAGAAGCCAGUCACUAGCUCACACUUUGCACCAAUGUCUCUCUCCGCCGCCUCCCGUCAAAUCCAGUCAUCAGAUGCUGAGCCUGUGAAGGACGAGGAAGAGAGCGAAGAAGAGAUGGACGCCGAAGAAGUCCCACCUCAACGUCCCAAUCCUCGCACUUCCACGGCUACUGCUAAAUCAAAAGCAAAGCCCAAAGCAGCACCCAGAGCAAAGACAAAGGCAGCUCCCAAGCCUCCUCCAAAACGUCCUGCCAGAAAGAGCAAAGCCGUUCUUUCCGAGUCCGAAGAAGAAGACGAAAACGAAGAUGAUGAAGAAGCCCACUCAUCUUCCCUUUCCGAUCUCACCGACGCAUCCGAAGAUUCUGCACCUUCGAAGCCGUUCAAACGACGCACCUCCUCGCCCCGCGUUAUCAUAUCACCACGCAAGAAAAAUGGUAUCAAGAAAGAGAUUAAGAGUCCUUACUUCUCACAUACCGAGGAUGAUGGUGGUGAGGAGAUGGAAGAAGAUGAGGAGAGUGAAGAGGAAGUUGUGAAGCCUAGACAGACGACCAGACGCACUAGAGGAAAGGGAUGA